UGCUCCCGCUCCCCACCGAGGCUGCUCCAGCCCCGGGAGGUCCCCCCUCACCCCAUCUCCCCUCCUCUCCAUCCCUUCCCAAACUCCAUGAAAGCUGCUCCCAAUUCCCACAGAGGUCAGUCCCUCUGCCCCAACAGGUCCCACACACCCAUGGUCAGGGGGUCAAGGGCUUCCCGGCCACCCAUCCUUCCUCCCCCAUCCUCACCCUCCCCACGGCCCCACCACCGAUUACCCCAGGGCUUUGAGGCUAAUGCCCAACACCUGACCAGCUUAUUCUCCUGAGUCUAUUAUCAGCUUAAGGACCAAAGACAUCUGCUCCCCGCUGCCCUCCCAGAGAGCUGGAGGAGUCUUCCAGCCCGGAUCAGGAGAGCGAGGGUCCAGUUGACGGGUGUCUCCUCUUGGAUGGGUCUCUGAACAUCUCACCGCUGAGAGGGGCCACCCCUCGUCCCCGGAGGGCAAAAUGGCUCAGGACAUGACAGAGAAGGAGCUGCUGAAGAUGGAGCUGGACCAGCUGAAGAAGGAGGUGAAGAACGAGAGGCAAAUGGUCUCCAAGACCGGCAAAGAGAUCAAGGAGUACAUCGAGUCCAUGGCGGGCGAGGACCCGCUGCUGAAAGGGGUCCCCGAGGACAAGAACCCCUUUAAGGAGAAGGGCGGCUGUACGAUAAGCUGACCCCCCCACACACCCCCCUGCUGCUGUCGCCGCCGGGCACAGGGAUGCUCCCGUGUGUAAGCCAAGACUGUCAGAAACCUGCUUUCCCUGUAGUCUGACCUCAGUGCUGGGGAGUCCAGAACCAAAGCGUAGCACAUCUGAAGGAUGGCAAACGGAAAAAGAAAAAAAAAAAAAAAAAAACCAACCAAAAAACCCCCAACGAAACAGACCAAAAUGAAGAAAAAAAGAU